AUGUCGGUCUCCGGUUUCGAAGGCUUUGAAAAACGCCUUGAACUCCGGUUCUUCGGCGACGACCCUCUCGGUCUCCGUCGCCUCCCGAUCUCCACCAUCAACCAAGUCCUCACGCCGUGCAAUGCACCAUUGUGUCCAGACGAGCUGGGCACCGCUGCAUUUGACGCGUAUACGCAACUCCUCAAAGGGCAUCCCUGUCCCUUCUACCUCACACUUUGGCCCUUGGUCUCAGCUUGUCGUUCUCUCGGUAUUCUCGGGCUCGUUCAUGUUUCCCCAGAUAGCCAGCCAUCGCCACAUUCUUGCUUCGCCGAUGAAGUGACAUACUUGGAGAGGUUCUUGCCUUCAGAUUUACGUCAUCGGAAGGCCUGCAUUCUUCCGUCGAACGGUCGGCACUCUUGGCAUGUGUUCUCUGCUUCGGUGUUCGAUGAAGGUAUUCAGGUGUUAGAUGAAUUGACGGUUGAGGUCUGCAUGACGGACCUUGACCGCGAGCUUGCAAGCGGAUUCUACCGCAAGAAGGCCGAUCACAGCCUGUCCGGCGAUGAAGUAGGGAGGGCAAUGACACAAUCCACCGGGAUUGAUGGCAUCAAUCCCCGAUCCCUAGUCUGCGGAUUCGCAUUUGAGCCGUGCGGCUACUCAAUGAACAGUCUUGACGGUGACUUCUACUCGCGAUCAAGUCGGUCGGAAUGA